AUGGAGGCUAACGGGGGAAGGAGCCCUCCGGAGAGGGAAGAUGUGAGGGUGGAGUUUGCUCAGGAUGAAGACAGUUGCAUUGGUGACUUUGCAGUGGUUGAGUAUGAAACUGCAGAGCAGGCUGAGAAAGUACAAGAAGUGACAAAUGGCAUGACUAUCAAAGGAAAGAGGAUCCAGGUGUCGUACUGUGCUCCGGGAACGCCAGGCAGAAGCACCUUAGCAGCACUUAUAGCAGCGCAAAGGAUGAUGAGGAACAAUAAGAAAGGCUUGCUUCCAGAGCCAAAUCCAGUGCAGAUUAUGAAAAGUUUUAAUAAUCCAGCAAUGUUGCAAAUGCUGCUGCAGCCCCAGUUGCGUGGACAUGCUGUUAAACCUGUUCUUGGAGCAUCUGCAGGUUUACCUCACCUUAUAAAUUCAGCAGUUGGCCCACCUUUUUUGCAGUUGAAUAAAAUUCACCAGAGUUCAAUUCUGGGGAGUACCUCUAACUUACUGCUGCAGAGCCCUGCUCACCUACCGUUGCCGCAGCAGCAGCUGAUGAAGAUUGAAAACGUUCAGGCUAAUAGUAAACCGGGUUUGCUGGGAGAACCUCCAACAAUGCUACUUCAGACGGUACUGGGAAUAGGGGUAAUGCCUUCAGUGAGUUCAGGCAUGGGAACCCGUGGAGAAGCUCUGAAGUCAUCUAAUCUAACUCCCAUUCAAACAGCAGCAGCAGCAGGGAUGGGCAUGCUGCCAUUCUUUCCGAAUCAGCACAUUGUUGGACAAGCUAUACCAGGGCAAAACAGCACUCCAGAUAAACAAUCGACUACCGAAGCGGUUGUCUCGGGAUCACAGCCUUAUCAUCAGACCUUAACAAAUCUUUCUGCGGGAGCUUUGCGGGCUGGACAUGCCAAACAACAAAAUCAACUAAAAAGUACUGAUACAAGUUCAGGGACUGCCUUGAAAAAACAGACGUCACUGCUAGGAGAACCACCAAAAGAAAUACGUCUUAGUACCAACCCCUACUUGAAUUUGGCAAGUGUGUUGCCUGGUAUAUGUCUUCCAGGUAAGCGAACCCCACCGCAGCAGACUGGACUUUCGAACAACAUCAUGGAUGCUGCUGUGUCUCAGGGAACUACAUCACAACAUGCAAUGGAAAAUUAUUUUAAUUACUCUCAACAGCAUGGGGAGUACACACAG